ACUGUAUUAUGUGAAAUGAAAGGGAAAACUAAAGUCCCUUCUCUAAGGAGUUCACAGUCCUUUAGGAGAGAAAACUAUGAGAUCAUUGAAAGCCAAGGGAGAGACACUGGGAGAAGCAAGGGUAGAAGAUAUAGUCCUUGGUUUCAGGAAGCUCAGUUUGAGAAGACAAGACACAUAGAGUUAAUUAUAGCCUCCAUUUCUGCAUUGUCAAGCACUUUCUUGACAAUAGCUUUACAAGGACUAAAGAUGUUCCAGCCAUGGGGAAUGGUACUUAUAUGGGGUUUGCUUACAAUAUCCUUGGCUCAAGCUACACCAAGAGGUCAGGCAGUUUUGGUUGUUGGUCCAGAAGUCUUCAACAAAGCUUUUCACCAGGAACUCAUGAAUCAGGAUACUAUUAAGAUCCUAAAAACCUUGCCUCUUUAUGAAGCUAUGGAAAAGAAUCAGGUCAACAGCUUCCCCUUGAUUGGAGGCCUUGUCAACAAUUUUCUGAAGCAGAUUAUAUGGCUGAAAGUUACUGAGGCUAGUAUUCCCCAUGUAGCAUUUCAAAUUUCUGAGGGGCAUCAGCUCCAGAUAAGGAUCCCCCUGGAUAUGGUGGCUGGCUUCAACACCAUAAUUUCCCCCAAACUCGUAGAGCUGCAUGUGGAAAUUGAUGUCAUAGCUGAUGUCCAUACAGUAAUUGACUAUCAAGAACCCUCUCAUUUGGUCCUCAGGCAGUGUACCAACAGCCCCAAUAACUUACGCAUCAGUCUUCUACAAAAGUUCUCCUUUGCAAUCAACAUCUUGGCUAACAAGAUCAUUGAUGCUCUGAUGCCAACAUUGCCCAGCUUAGUGAAAAAUGAAAUAUGCCCAAUCAUUGAAAAGUGUUUUACAAGCGUGACUUCCAAAAUCUACACUUGGUCAACCUUACCAGUGCCAAUUGGAUCCAAUUUCCUGAGUUUCGAUGUCCUGUCAUUUUCAGUUGUGGACACCAACUUUCAGCUGGAUCUAAAUGCUAAGCUUCGGGACCGAGCAGGAAAGCUGAUCAAGAUCUUCAAAGACACAGAGGGCCAGCUGGUUAUGCCCACCUUGAAUAACUUUGAUUUCAGUUUUAUAGUGAGACAAGAAGUGGUGAAGGCCGCCAUUGGGGCACUGAUGCCUUUCCAGGAGCUAGCAGUUCUUUUGGACUCUGUGCUUCCUGAUGUUGCUCGCCACCUGAAAUCAAUUCUCGAUAAAAUCAACCCAAAGGCUUCUGCACAAUUGAAACAAACUCAGAUGGUGAAGAUCUUCCCUGAGGAACCUCCAGAGAUUAUCUUGAAAGCUGGCAGUGUCAAGGUAGCCCACAUGAUUGUAUUGGAAGUGUUUGCUACCAACCAAGAAACCCGGCCUCUUUUCACUCUGGGCAUUGAAGCAAGCUCUGAAGGUCAAUUCUACACUGAAGGAGACAGACUUUUUUUCAACCUCAAAGGAAUCAGCUCUGAUCACAUCCAUCUGAUGAACUCAGGAUCAGGCUUGUUCAGUCCUGAACUUAUGGGAAGUGUGAUUAAUGAAAUCUUAACCUCUGUGUUGCUGCCAAACGAAAAUGGUAUAUUUCGAAAGGGAAUUCCCUUAUCUAUCCUUAAGGACAUGGGAUUUAAUGAAGCCAAAGUGAUUCCUAUCCAGGGUGCACUCCUGAUCACUCCAGCCUAAUUCUAGAACAUCUGCCACUCCUGGCUCAGCAGAUCCAUCGAUAAAAAAGAAGCCAGAGGAGAUGGAGAUGAUGGCAGAAGGAGAGAUCAUCAAGUUUGCUCCUAAAUUGGACUUGAGAGGAGCUGAGAAUGGGAGAACACAAGAACUUCCCAGUCUGUAGCUGUUCUGACUUAUCAAUAAACAUGUCUGUCCCUGCA